GUGGGAGAGGGAAUUUGAGGAACGUGGUCAAAAGGCACAAAUGCCAAGUUAUAAGUCUGCAGUAAGCCUCAGCUACUGGCAUGAUCCUUCCAUCCAGCAUUUUAUAAGACUGUCUAAGGAGAAGAAGGCCUCCAGAAUUAACAGAGGAUAUUUUGCUCCAGUCUAUGGCGUCAGUCAGCUGAUAAGGGCAUUUCUGCAGAAGACAGAAUGUCAUUGUCAAAUUCUAAAUCUUGGGACUGGGAUGGAGACCACCUUCUGGAGAUUAAAGAUACACGCCCUAUAUACUGUCACCUGCCAAGAAGGUUGGAAUGGCGGCCAAAGACCUCUCAAAGAAAUAGAUGAUUGCCAAGCCAGAGACGAGACCAUGCUUUGA